AUGUUUGACAGUCUAACCUGCUGUACAAGACAGCUGCUAACUGUCAAAAAGGCCCCCGGUGCAUGUCCCGCCAACUACGCCUGUCCCGUGAACAACGAUUGUGUAAUCGGCUCUGGACCUAGAGCCCUUACACUUGGCUGCGGCAUCGACUACGCUGGACGCGAUCUUGGCCCAGCUGUUGAAGUUGGAAAUGUUGCAGCCUGCGCAUCAGCUUGUACCGCUGAGCCUCUCUGUGUUUCUGCUGCCUUUGUUGGAUCAGGGGACCCCCAGCGCCCCAGUUUCUGCUACCUGAAGGGUUCGAGAAGUGCCACUUCUGCAGUUAAACUGGAUACUAUAAAUCCUCCUGUCAACCCCCCGGUCAAUCCUCCGGUCAAUCCUCCGGUCAAUCCUCCGGUUAAUCCUCCAGUCAAUCCUCCGGUCAAUCCUCCGGUUAAUCCUCCAGUCAAUCCUCCAGUCAAUCCUCCAGUCAAUCCUCCAGUCAAUCCUCCACUGUGCUCUGCAACUGCAACGUUUGUUUUCAAAUCAGGACAUCCAAUCGCCUUGGGCAAUAAAGUCUCGACCACGAGCAGCAUGAUCGAUCGCUGGCAGGUACAAGGUGUCUCACAGGUCGGCGAGAGUUCGAGACAGGGCACGGGCACUUCAUAA